ACCACGGUCAGCAGGAAUCCAGCUGUGGACACCACCAGCAGCAGUUUGGCUUUGCUGCUGACUAACUGCAGAGGCGAUGCGGGUGAGGCUGAGGUGCGUGCUCAGCUCUGUCUGAAGAUGGCGUGCUAGGAAAUAAAACCGGGAGUUUACAAAGAGGAGAAGUUUUCUUGAAUGCCCGUGCAGGAAGGGUGAACGGGAGUUCCUCGUCUUCAGCCACAAUGUCUUGUUUCUGCGUGAACUGGAUUCUUCUCAUCCUGUUUGCAGGCCCCACGGUAUCAGAAUCCCCUGUGAAAGGAGAGGUUGGUCAGAACGUCACUGUGCCCUGCUUUUACAGUGCCGAGAGCACACAAGACAUCACAUCAAUGUGCUGGGGUCGUGGCAGCUGCCCCAUUUCAAAAUGUUCCCAGACCAUUAUCUGGACAGAUGGAUGGAAGGUGACAGAGCAGCACAACAGUAGGUAUACACUGAAAGGGGACUUGACAAGGGGUGACGUGUCCCUCACGAUCGUGAACGCCGAGGAAGGAGACAGUGGGACAUACUGCUGCCGCGUGGAGAUCUCGGGGUGGUUCAAUGAUCAGAGGAGUAAUCACGAGGUUGUGAUAGAGAAAGCUAGGAUCUCUACUGCAAGUCCUCACACUUACACCUCUGAGCAGACUUCAGCACAUGGAAGCACCAGUGAAUCAUCCUUCAGCACCAUGAGUACAUGGCCAUCAGUUUCUGCUUUGGAAGCUCCUCUGGCUAACAUGUCUGUAUCGAUUCCCAGACAGCAGUAUUCAGAAAAUUGGCUGUACAUUGGGACUGGCUUAUGUGCAGCACUUCUAGUCAUCCUUACUUUGGCUCUGUUCCUCACUAGACACUACUUACACAAUACAAAGAAGACAAGUGGCUUUGCACACUUCGUUGCAUUUUGGAGGCCAAAGGGUGCAGGGAACCAUAGUGCCCUGGAAGAGGAGACCCAUACAGAAGAAAAUGUUUAUAUAAUAAAGAAGAAGCAGUUGCAAUACAUAAAAUCUGGAAAUGAAGAAAUGAGACUUCAGCGGUGCUCACUCAGCAUCUCUGGAAAGUAUAAGAUCUAGUUUUCCUUCCUUCCACUUGCUGCUGGAGUCUCAGCUAAAAUGUCCCAUUUUGUGCUGUUUCACUGGAUCGUGAUACAGACCUUUAUAGCACACGCUGCAACUGAAGAUGUUUUCAGAGGAGUAAUAGGGCAACCUGUUAAGUUGCCUUGUGUCUACCAGGUGUCACGAGCUAAGGACGUCUCCGAUAUGUGCUGGGGCAGAGGCCCGUGCCCCAAUUCCAAGUGCAAUGGCAAAAUUUUGCACACUACUCGGGAGAAGGUGACGUACAGACAAUCUCAGAGGUAUAGCCUUGAAGGCUCUGUUUCUUACGGAGACGUGUCUCUCACGAUUAAGAAGGUGAAGGCAGAAGAUGCAGGUGUCUACUGCUGCCGCGUAGAGAUCCCAGGCUGGUUCAACGACAUCAAACGGAACGUGCGACUGGAGGUGGUCAGAGCCCGGCCAGUGAUGACAACCACCACAAGACGGACUCCUGUUUCCCCUAGACGUUUUAGAAAAACAACUUUAGCUCCCCGAGCAACCUCUGAUCACCAAACAACAACAGAGACCACUGUCCUGACAACCAUUGCCCCCGCAACAACUGCUACCACCGAGUCUCCAGCAGUAACUACACUGGAGACCACUGCUCCCCCAGCAUUUACUGUGACAGUAUAUGACACUUCUCCAGCAGCUGUGAUGACAAGCAGUGCUCUCCCAGAUUCUUCAACUGGUUUUGAAGCAGUUGAUGUGAGGACUGAAGAUGAUAACAUGUUCUGCUCAACAGAGUCUGUCCCUCUUCCUGGAGACACAAAGGUGACUGCACAAUUCCCGAGCACAUUUCUGACUGCAGAAGGAACAAAAAUUGCUCACACUUCACUCGUGUGGGAAGAUGUAACAACUGCAGGGAUUUCACCAGAUUUGGAAACCAAGACUGAGAAUCAUGAUGAUAAUGGAGAUAAGUUUCCCAGCUAUGCCAUUCUCACCGCCGCUCUCGUAGCAGUGUCCAUUCUUUUAAUACUGAUGCUCUCCUCCUUGUUUUGGAAACGUAAACACACAAAGAAGUUUGCAAUAAAAAGCUUUCGACCGGUGGAAGACCUUGAAAAAGUUUUCAGUGGCGCUGAAGGAGAAAACAAUGUAUUUUCCUUGUAAAGAGCUCCUACACCAUCUGUAGACCCCCUGGAAAAUAAGAAAGGACCUGUUUCAUGCUGCAUUGAGAGAUGCUUACGAGCCCUCAGAAUAUCGAUGUGGGUAAAGCAAAGGACAAAGCUUCGACUGAGAACGCUUGAAAUAUUUGUGCAAAUUUUGCCACGUCACUUUAAAAACUCAUUGCACACAGAAGCUUCUUUGAUAGGGAGCUUUAUGCAUUAGUUGUAGGUGUUCCUGGCAUCUUCUUCCAUACUAAUACCGUGUCAGAGAGUUGAAUUUGUUUUUCUCUAUAUUUACUAAUCCUUUUCCUUGAAUACAACUUAUACUGUGAAGGAACAGAAGUAACAUGGAACGCUGCUUAACUUCAAAUUGCCAGAAACCCCCUCCCCCAGCGAAUACAGUUCUUACUGCUUUUAUAUAAUCGAGGGAAAAAUUAAGCAAGAAUGCUGAGAGUAUAAAUCAAAAAGGUAGAUUACUUGAGGGGUACCAAUGCUGCCUGUGAUUCAGCAUGUUUCAAUGACCCUUGGAGA